CUACUGGAGUACUAUUUAGCUUUCCCAAUUCCCUUCCAAAUUUCACAUCUCCUUUUGUUUCCUCUGUUUUUUCUGUUUCUUGUUCUCUGUGCUCCAUUUUCUUUUUACAGUUAGGUAGGUCUGCUCACCUUCUUUUUGUCAGGAUUCUCCUCCUACUUCUUCAGUUUCAAAAUCCAAGAUUUUAUUGAAACAAAAAUCUUUAAAAAUCUUUAUUUUCAACCCCCAUAAAACCACAAUAUUAGUAGCCAAAACUUAGAGUCAAAAACAACUUCCCAUAUUUUCUCAACUGCCUUAGCUUCUCUUGUCUUUUGUUAAUUCAAACAUGAGAACUAUUAUGGCUAAGAAUCCUCAUGAGUCAUUCUCCUUUUCAAGAAGAUACUUCAACUUUAAGAAAAAAGUUGAAGAUGAAGAUUAUGAUGAUGAAGUUUACUUAACUAAUUUUCACUCUUCUUCGCAAAGAGAAGAAGAGUUGAAUAUGCAUUCGUUAUCCCUGUCGACAACGAAUGCACCUAAAAGUAAGAAACUGUCGCGCUCUACAGUUUCUAUACUUCGUUCGGCUCUUACAUUCGGUAAGAGCCGAACGCAUUUUUCCUCAGGGCUUGGUACCAAAGUUGUUGGUACUUUAUUUGGUUACAGAAGAGGACAUGUUCAUUUUGCAUUUCAAGAAGAUCCUAAAUUGAGUCCUGCAUUUUUUGUCGAAUUGGCCACUCCAACUAGCCAUUUGGUUAGAGAAAUGGCUAGUGGAUUGGUUAGAAUUGCACUAGAAGCAGACAAGAGAACAGGAAAAAAAGCAGUGAAAUUGUUAGAAGAGCCAAUUUGGAGAACAUAUUGUAAUGGGAGAAAAUGUGGCUAUGGAAUGAAAAGGGAAUGUGGGCCUGAGGAAUGGAAGAUUUUGAACUCAAUUGGGCCAGUUUCAAUGGGAGCUGGAGUUUUGCCAAGUGAUGGAGAUGGAAUUGGAUCAGAAGGUGAAUUAAUGUAUAUGAGGGCUAAAUUUGAAAGAGUUGUAGGGUCUAAAGAUUCUGAAGCUUUUUACAUGAUGAAUCCUGAUGGUCAUGGAGGUCCUGAACUUAGCCUUUAUUUGCUUAGAGUUUAGCUUUGUAUAACGGUGAUAUCCAGACCAACUUGCGCACCUCGACUAUUUCACUGGGUAUAUGAGGGUUACAAGUUUUAUGCAUUUAGACUAUUUUAUCGGAUAUUUGCUAUAGGCAGGGGGUUAAAUUUGGAUUCUUUUAUCCAAAUUUUCCUCUUUUGGUGUCUUGAACUUUAAGUAUUACUAUGUAUUAGUGUAUGAUGAUAAGUUCUUAUGAAGGCAUAAGAGGUUAGUACGUAGUUUUUGCUUUUUCUAUGAUGAUUUUGGGAGAGGAGAAAUGGGUAUAAUUGUGUAUUUUGAAUUGUUUAUGUACUAUUAAACAAUGGGGAAAUAGAGAUUUGGAGGUGGGGGUGUGAACUAUGUAUAGAUUAUGUUUCUAGUUUUGUUGAAGUGAAGGAAAUGCAGAAACUUUUGUAUCUCUUUCCUUUGAAGAGUUUAA